AUGCGCCACCGCUGCACGUCCCGCUUUCGGUGCCUCUCCCCCCACCCCCAGCCUGCCCCUCCUCCUCCUCCUCCUCCUCCUUUGUGUGCGUGCGUGCGGACCCUCUCUCCCCGAGGAUGGUACUGCGGCUCCGGGGCUAAUCCCUCCGGAGGUCAGACUGCUGAGCGCUCGCUCUCUCCUUCUCUCCCUUCUCUGCUUUCAGGUCGCAUUUUAGACAUCCCUUGCAAAGUGUGUGGGGACCGCAGCUCCGGGAAACACUAUGGGGUGUACGCCUGCGAUGGGUGCUCGGGAUUUUUCAAGCGGAGCAUCAGGAGGAAUAGGACCUAUGUUUGCAAGUCGGGAAAUCAGGGAGGUUGCCCGGUGGACAAGACGCACAGGAACCAGUGCCGGGCCUGCCGGCUGAAGAAAUGCUUGGAGGUCAACAUGAACAAAGACGCGGUGCAGCAUGAGCGGGGUCCCCGGACGUCGACGAUACGGAAGCAGGUGGCCCUCUACUUCCGUGGGCACAAGGAGGAGAGCGGCGGCGCCCCGCACUUCCCCACCACCGCCCUGCCGGCACCCGCCUUCUUCACUGCCGUCUCCCAGCUGGAGCCCCACGGCCUGGAGCUGGCCGCCGUCGCCAGCACGCCUGAGAGGCAGACUCUGGUGGGCCUGGCACAGCCCACCCCAAAGUACCCACAUGAAGUCAACGGUACACCUAUGUAUCUCUACGAAGUCGCCACCGAAUCCGUCUGUGAGUCAGCAGCCAGACUUCUGUUCAUGAGCAUCAAGUGGGCCAAGAGUGUCCCAGCCUUCUCCACCUUGUCCUUACAAGACCAGCUGAUGCUUUUGGAAGAUGCUUGGAGAGAACUGUUUGUUCUAGGAAUAGCACAAUGGGCCAUUCCAGUUGAUGCUAACACCCUACUGGCUGUAUCUGGCAUGAAUGGUGACAAUACAGAUUCUCAGAAGCUGAAUAAAAUAAUUUCAGAAAUACAGGCUUUACAAGAGGUUGUGGCUAGAUUUAGACAACUUCGUCUAGAUGCUACCGAAUUUGCCUGUCUCAAAUGCAUUGUCACUUUUAAAGCUGUGCCUACACACAGUGGUUCCGAACUGAGGAGCUUCCGAAAUGCUGCCGCCAUAGCAGCCCUUCAAGACGAAGCCCAGCUCACUCUGAACAGCUACAUUCAUACCAGGUAUCCCACGCAACCCUGUCGUUUUGGAAAACUUUUAUUGCUCUUACCAGCUUUACGUUCGAUUAGCCCAUCUACAAUAGAAGAAGUGUUUUUCAAAAAGACCAUUGGGAAUGUACCAAUUACAAGACUGCUUUCAGAUAUGUACAAAUCCAGUGACAUAUAA